AUGAAGUUAAAUAGUGUUGGUUAUUGUUAUAUUUUCUAUGGAUUUAUUGUGAUUGCUGGCGCUACGCUUGUUGAGGACCAUUCGGCUGAUGUAAAGGGAAACCAAUGUAAACUCCAAGAACCGGUCUAUGGAACACAAUUUGAUCUCAAUCCAUUGCAUUCGACCGUUGAGCACAAGACUGGAGGCAAUGGUAACGAUAUCAUGGAAUUCAAUGUGUGCAACAAAAAUCCAACUAAAGUAUGUGCGGGUGCCAAGUCAGCAGCGUGUCUAACUCGAAACGGCAAAGAAUAUAAAUUCGGUACACAAGUCGAUGCCGAACCUAUUUAUACGAAUGGUCGUAUCUAUUUCAAUUUUACGGGGGAUGUUUGCAACAAAAACACCAAUGAAUCAUUCACUCUGCUCAUUAUCACAACGUGUGACUACUCAUCCCAUAUUCAGAAUCCAACUGUUCUAAUGCCCUAUACCGAUGAACAAUGCACCUUUGUAUUGAUGUGGAGAACGAGUGUUGUGUGCCAUCCAUUGACCGGACCAUUGAGCUCAAAUACAUGUACAGCAAAGGACCCAAAAAGUGAUCACGUAUUCAAUUUGAUGCCAUUGAGUGAUUUCAAUCACAAGAUUUCAUUGAAAAACAAUGCCGAAUUCUUGAUAAACAUUUGCAAACCAACGCUAUAUGGUCACAAUGAGAUGUGUCCACCGAAUACCAGUAUUUGCUUCGACCAAUCAUCCAAGAUAAAUGUGACAAAGCGAUUCAAAAACUAUGGCACCACCGCUACCGAUCCAACGUACGAGGAUGGCAAACUAUUUAUGAAAUUUACAUCGCCGGAGAAAUGCAACGCUACCGACAAAAAUAUCACAUCCGUCAUCAAUUUUGUAUGCGAUGAACUGAAUCAGUUGGGCGAACCAGAAUUCAUUGGUGAGGCAAAUUGUGAAUAUCGAUUUAGAUGGGAAACAUCGCUAGCUUGCAAAAAUGUCACUCCAUGCCGUGUAAUUGACCCCAUCACUGAUUUUGUCUACGAUUUGAAAGAACUGUCUGGCAAACAGUACACUGCACAAAAGGAUGAAAAGAAAUAUGUGUUCGGUGUGUGUACGGAGCCGAAGGAACCAUGUAACGGCAGCACUGGGGCUUGUCUGGUGACUGGUGAUAAAAACGGGCAAUCUUCAUCGAUGGGCAUCGUGAGCAGUGAUCUGCAAUUGUCUGAAGAGAGUUUCGAGGCUCCGUACCUUCUGUACAAGGGUGGUUCAGUUUGUGGAUCAUUAGAAACACAUUGGACGACCAAAAUCGAAUUUGCUUGUCAACUGGAUGGGAUGGCAGCUGGACCAAAGAUUAUCGAAAAUGGCAAUUGCUCGCUCAUCAUUCAAUUCGUUACAAAAUUGGUUUGCGCACAUCAAUAUGAGAUUUCAUGCAAGGCACACGAUGUGUACACUGAUCAGCAGAUUGACUUAACGUCACUCAAGGGUACGACACACAAUUACUUGGCCCGGAUAAAUGAUACAGUAAAAUCGAAGCAACCAACCGGAGUAUUGUACUAUUUGAAUGUAUGCCGACCGCUCGUACCACAAUACGGACUCAGUUGCAACGCUAAUUCUGCUGCAUGUCGGGCACUAUUAAAUGGAACAAAAAAUCCUGAACAAGAGCAAAGUUUGGGAUAUCCACGAGCAUCGUUGACAUUUGUAAAUACGGACCGUGGAUCUAGGCCACAGUUGAAAUAUUUAGAUGGAAGCUUCUGUCCACAGGAUAAAUCAACAAAAUUGUCGUCACAAAUUGAAUUCUACUGUGAUCCAUCGGUUGGAAAGGGAACGCCAAUUUUGCAAGGAAUUUCCAAUGAAUGUCAUUAUGAAUUUGAAUGGCCCACAAAUAUCAUGUGCCCCACUCAUACUGGUGAAUUCCUUGGAAAAACCUGCGAAAUACACAACAGCCAAAUCAACAAAAGUCUCAAUCUGCAUGACAUUUUCCCAAAUGGUUUAUUAACGAUUGAUUACGCGGGCAAACCCAUGGAAAUAGAUUUGUGCAAAAACAGCAAGAACAUUGAAAUAGACUACACUCAGAGCACUGUAAAACUGUUUUACGAUGAAAAAGCCUCAUGUGGAAAAUACUACUUGGAUAUGGUGGCACACGCAACCAAGUGUGCACCAAAUGACCGGCAAUAUAUUUCGCCGUAUCGAUAA